AUGGAGCAGGGGUCUCGUUCGGAUUUUUCCCCCCCCAACGUGAGGAGUUCGAGCCUACAGAGGAAGAUGCGGUUGCUUCAGUAUACGGUGAAGGGGAGCAAUUUGAGGAAGGUCGGGGCGUUGCUGAAAGGAGGAGAAAAAUUAGUGGAUGUUAGCAGUCGUCUUCCCGGGACGCCAUCCUUUCUGAAGACCAUUCUUGAAACUGUAUCCUUCCCGCAAUUGAAGGAUACUGUGGACAGGGCUUCACAAGAAGGACCAUUGGUCUCAGCAUCAGAAGUGCAACUUUUGGCUCCCAUCUCUUUACCUGAUAAGGUUAUUUGCAUUGGUUUGAAUUACUUGGCUCACUGUCAGGAACAAAAUGCUCGCCCACCCAGAGUACCUGUGAUUUGCAGCAAAUGGGGAAGUUGCAUAGUUGGACCAUAUGAUGAAAUCUGCUACCCUUCAAUCACAGAGCAAUUGGAUUAUGAAGUGGAGUUGGCGUUUGUCAUCGGGCGCCAGGGGAAGAGCAUCAAGGAGUCAGAUGCAAUGGAAUAUGUGCUUGGGUACACUGUCGCCCAAGAUGUGAGUGCUCGAGACUGGCAGAUGAAGAAGAAUGCCCGACAGUGGCUCUUGGGGAAGAGCAUGGAUACAUUCUGUCCCAUGGGCCCAGUCUUGGUGACUCAGGAUGAAAUUCCCGAUCCUCACAACUUGGGCAUACGGUGUAGGGUGAAUGGGAUUGUGAAGCAAGACAGCAACACCAACAAUCUCAUCCAUCGAAUACCUGCACUAGUUGCUUUUGCCUCCAAAUUCUUCACCCUUCUCCCUGGUGAUGUUUUUAUAACUGGAACACCUCCUGGAGUAGGUAUAUUCAAGCAACCACCUGAACUUCUAAAGAAAGGAGACAUUGUGGAGAGCGAGAUAGAUGAAAUUGGUUGUCUGAGGAAUAAAUAUAUGGUGAAGGGGAGCAAUUUGAGGAAGGUCGGGGCGUUGCUGAAAGGAGGAGAAAAAUUAGUGGAUGUUAGCAGUCGUCUCCCCGGGACGCCAUCCUUUCUGAAGACCAUUCUUGAAACUGUAUCCUUCCCACAACUGAAGGAUGAUGUGGACAGGGCUUCACAAGAAGGACCAUUGCUCUCAGCAUCAGAAGUGCAACUUUUGGCUCCCAUCUCUUUACCUGAUAAGGUCAUUUGCAUUGGCUUGAAUUACUUGGAUCACUGUCAAGAACAAAAUGCUCCACCACCCAAAGAACCUGUGAUUUUCAGCAAAUGGGGGAGUUGCAUAGUUGGACCAUAUGAUGAAAUUUACUACCCUUCGAUCACAGAGCAAUUAGAUUAUGAAGUGGAGUUGGCAUUUGUCAUCGGGCGCCAGGGGAAGAGCAUCAAGGAGUCAGAAGCAAUGGAGUACGUGUUUGGGUACACUGUUGCCCAGGAUGUGAGUGCUCGAGACUGGCAGAUGAAGAAGAAUGCCCGACAGUGGCUUUUGGGAAAGUGCAUGGAUACGUUCUGUCCUAUGGGCCCAGUCUUGGUGACUCAGGAUGAAAUUCCCGAUCCUCACAACUUGGGCAUACGGUGUAGGGUGAAUGGGAUUGUGAAGCAAGACAGCAACACCAACAAUCUCAUCCAUCGAAUACCUGCACUAGUUGCUUUUGCCUCCAAAUUCUUCACCCUUCUCCCUGGUGAUGUUUUUAUAACUGGAACACCUCCUGGAGUAGGUAUAUUCAAGCAACCACCUGAACUUCUAAAGAAAGGAGACAUUGUGGAGAGUGAGAUAGAUGAAAUUGGUUGUCUGAGGAAUAAAGUUGUUUGAACCAUGGCCAAGUGUUCAUGGUUCAAACACUCCUUCAUACAGAUGCUCAGGUUGCUUCUGAUGAUGGAUGAAAUUUAAGAAGGGUAAGAUGUACAAGCCACAGAGGAACCUCAAAAUACUCCCAGGAAUGUUUGUCUCCAUUUAUGGCAUUUAAGGUUACACAACUAUCUUGCAGUACUGCAUCCAUUGCUGUGAUGGUCACAAUGAUCUGAAAUCUCAAAAAAAAUUUUAUCUGUCACUUUUAAUACUGCUCAUCCAGUGAAUAUCUUCACCUCAAUUUCAAGGGGUGGUUUCUGCUCGUGAAGUUCAUGUUUGCUUAUUGUCAUUACUCAUUAAGAAAAAAUCUGUAGCUUUCCUGACCCCUUAGGGCAUCAUAAUAAAACAUUGGUGGAAAUGCCUCUUUGGAAACUCAUUAUUGACAUUGUGGGAGCCCCAUCACCAAUAUAAACAUCCCAUUGUGCCAAUUUUUUAAUGUCACUAAAUGUCUCUGACCACAAUGAAGCCAUUUUCACAAAGCUUUCUCUCUGCUCAUAUAAAUAAGAUUUUAACCAAUUCUCACAUUUUCAUCCUAAUUUAUUGGGCCAAAGUGAUACUAUCAGCAAAUAUGGAAAAUAAGUUUGACAUUGAGAACGGACAAGGGCUCCUGCUGGUAAUGGAAUGGAAGAAACACUUGAGGCACUAUCCCUCUUGAUUAUCAAAACAAGUGUUAAGCACUAUUUAAAUUCAUUCUUUGGGAUGGUUGUCUUUACCAUAUAGGUAGAUUGAAAAAUUUUCAUGAAAACUGCU